AUAUGAAACCCUAGACAGCCUCGAUUUGUGUUAUAUAUAUGUAGUGAAUUGCAUUUAUGAUUUAUCCCAUCAAUUCAUCACCCUCUCAACUAAGUUCAUUCCCUCGUCCUCUUCAUCUCUAAUCGCCAAACUCUGGGUUCGCCUUCUUUUACUGUAUUCUUCUUAUUUGAUCACCAACUUGCCUUUGCUCUAUAGCUUUCUGUUGUCUUUCAUUUUGAAGCUGGAUCGGAUCGUUUUCACUCUUCCUUAAUUCUACCUUUAUAAAAACAUUUCAAGCAUGUAAGUUUCGACUUUCCCUGUUUAAAUCCUAUUCAAAAGAAAAAGAAAAAAAAAACCCAGAUAUUUUGUUUCUAUGCAACUGGUUGAAGCUUUGCGUUUAUCUAUCUAGCUAGUUGUAGUUUGUAAUCUGGCUACCUCCAUCCCUCCUAUUCCUUAGCCAAGCAUUUAAAAAAGCCUGCACAGCAUGUAAUAUAGUGUUUCCAUCUCUUCAAUUAUAAACCCCCAAAAAAAGAAAAGAAAAAAGAGGUAUAGGAUCAGUAGUUAUAUGGUAGAAUGUAUCCAUAGAAUUUGUUAAAUAUUAUUGUUCUUGAUUCUUAGUGAUCGUGGCUAAGAUUAAAAGAAUCGUGUAGCUACACCUUUAUAAAAGCCGUCAAAUCAUGUAAGAGUCGUUUCUCUUAGCUACAAUCAAAUAUCAAUUCUAAACCCAAAAAAAAAAAAAAAAAAAUCCAAAAAAAGAUUGUUUUAUUGAAGAAGAAAAAAAAUGCCCGACGAGGAGACCGCAACCCCAACGGCAUCGGCACCGGCAACUCCGGGAACGCCAGGUGGACCGCUAUUCAAUUCCAUGAGGGUGGAUUCACUGUCAUAUGAUCGGAAGUCAAUGCCUCGAUGCAAAUGCUUUCCGGUGACUGCCCCAACGUGGGGUCAACCUCACACAUGCUUCACCGACUUCCCUGCACCUGACGUAUCCCUUACCCGAAAGCUGGGGGCAGAAUUUGUGGGAACCUUUAUCCUAAUAUUUGCGGCAACAGCGGGACCUAUAGUGAACCAAAAGUAUUCGGGAGCCGAAACAUUGCUCGGAAACGCCACAUGCGCAGGCCUGGCUGUGAUGAUAAUAAUUUUAUCCACCGGACACAUAUCUGGGGCUCAUCUUAACCCUUCCCUCACCAUUGCAUUUGCUGCCUGCCGUCACUUCCCCUGGACUCAGGUUCCAGCCUACAUAGCAGCUCAAGUUUCGGCCUCUAUUUGCGCUUCUUUCGCUCUAAAGGGGGUCUUCCAUCCCUUCAUGUCUGGUGGCGUUACUGUCCCCUCCGUCAGCCAUGGACAAGCUUUCGCACUCGAGUUCCUCAUUACUUUUAAUCUUCUCUUCGUCGUCACCGCCGUUGCCACCGACACCCGUGCCGUGGGAGAGCUGGCUGGAAUAGCUGUUGGGGCGACUGUAAUGCUCAACAUUCUUGUUGCUGGGCCAAGUAGUGGGGGUUCAAUGAAUCCGGUGAGGACACUGGGGCCGGCUGUAGCAGCAGGGAAUUAUAGGGCAUUGUGGAUUUACUUGAUAGCGCCCACACUGGGUGCUGUGAUCGGUUCUGCCACCUACACUUUGGUGAAGCUCCGCGAAGAUGAGGUCGACGCACCACGGCAGGUCAGGAGUUUUCGACGCUAGGUAAUUUGGAGCCCACGAAAUUAUGACAUCGUUGAAAAUGGAAGGGGCAAAAAAAGUUUGUUUUUCUUCUUCUAAUGUAUCUCUAUGAAAUGAAACCAUACACAUCGUUGUUUGUUUGUUUGUUUGAUUGUGUGGGGUAAAGAUAAGAUAGCUUUUGGGAAUAAUAGGCGAUGUGACCUUAAGUCCACGACCUACAGUACUUUGCUUGAAUAAUGUUGUGCUUUGCACUUUUCUGUUUGGGAUUUGCUUUGUCUGUUUUAAUCAUGUACCACUAUGGAACUUGGGUUUGAUUUGUAAUUUCCUUACUGAUCUGUAAUAUGAAUAAUGAAGUUUAUGUGUAA